AUGGUGUACGUGGACACGUGGGACGAGUUCGCGGAAAAGGCGGAGGUGCUCUUUCGAGCCGACCCCUCCAAGUUCCGCUAUGUGAGCAAGUACAGGCACUGCGACGGCAAGCUGGUGCUCAAGGCUACAGAUGACCGCGUGCAAGGACAAGAGGGAGGUGGGUCAGCAAGGACAAGAGGGAGGUGGGUCAGUAAGGACAAGAGGGAGGUGGGUCAGAAAGGACAAGAGGGACGUGGGUUAGUAAGGACAAGAGGGAGGUGGGUCAGCAAGGACAAGAGGGAGGUGGGUCAGCAAGGACAAGAGGGAGGUGGGUCAGAAAGGACAAGAGGGAGGUGGGUCAGUAAGGACAAGAGGGAGGUGGGUCAGCAAGGACAAGAGGGAGGUGGGUCAGCAAGGACAAGAGGGAGGUGGGUCAGCAAGGACAAGAGGGAGGUGGGUCAGCAAGGACAAGAGGGAGGUGGGUCAGUAAGGACAAGAGGGAGGUGGGUCAGAAAGGACAAGAGGGAGGUGGGUCAGCAAGGACAAGAGGGAGGUGGGUCAGCAAGGACAAGAGGGAGGUGGGUCAGCAAGGACAAGAGGGAGGUGGGUCAGUAA